AUGCAAUCUGAAUUAGAUUUGUUAAAACAAUGCAUCACUAAGCUCAAAGAUGAGAACGCUGAGGUUAAGGCUGAGAAUGCGGAGCUUAAACAUGAGAAUACAAAAUUAAAACAGAUUAUAGAAGAAAAUGCUGAGUUUAAAGCCAAAAUCGUUAAGCUAGAACGAGCUAUUGAUAAAAUCGAGAAGCAGGACCAAAGUAUUAAUAAUGAUUCUCAGCGUGAGCUAGCACAUUCGUGCCAAGUCAAUACUCCCAAACAGAUAGUUAAUACAACUAUCAGACCUUGUCUGUCUACAGCAAAUGUAAUUAGAUCUGAUAUAAACCAGGAGUCAAAGAAAAAUUUGAUUGUCAAACAAGAGUUAAUGCAACAGCUUUCUGUGAUUAUUGGCAGAGCCAGCAUAGCUAAAAAUAAAGAAAUAUUG